UGCCUGGCGAUGUGUUUGAUCCUUGAACUCUUAAGCGCCACAUAGUCAUAGCUCAGGAGUGAAUUCCCUGUUUAUAGCUACUGCUUAUCUCCAGCAAUAAACAACCCGGCCGGUAUAAAAAGCCUCCACCGACUGCAUGCAGCAAAGACCACGGAAGACACCCAAGCGGCUGGGCGGAAGGUAGUUCAGAAUGCAGAGCCUCAGUCUUGUCCUGGCCGUCCUGCUCCUUACAGGAGCCCAGGCCCGCUACUUCUGGCAGCAUGACGACCCCCAGCAGACCCGCCUGGAACGCCUGCAGGAAGCGAGCCAGGUGUACCUGGAGUCGGCCAAGGAGGCAGUCCAGCAAGCCAUUACCCAGUUUGACGAGUCUGCCGUGGCCCGGGAGCUGCAAGUGAACAUAGGGCAGAAGCUGGAAGCCGUAGCCAUUGUGCUGCAAGAGAUCAAGGAGCAGGUGACCCCUGAGCUGCAAGAGCUGAGAACCGAACUGCAGACGGCCUGGCAGACGCUGAAGGAAGAACUGACCAAGGACAUACAGGAGGUCGGAGCCCAGAUCCAGCCCUUGGUGAGCAAGCUCCGGGAGAAUGUGCACCAGGAUGCGUCCGCCUACUUCCAGCAGCUGAGAACCAUCUCCCAGGACAUCAACCAGAUGGCCCAGGAGAAGCUGAGGCCACUAGCCGAGGACUUCCGGGACAAGGUGCGAAGCCAUGUGGACGAGUUCCGCAAGGACGCCGCUCCUUACGCCAAGAAGCUGGAGCAGCUGAUCCAGGAGAAGGCCAAGGCGCUGGAGCAGAGCGCCGUCACCGAGCUCACCGACCUGCAGACUGAGCUGCAGCAGCAAGUGACCGAAGUGCGGGAGAAAGUAGGGCCCAUCUGGGAAACGGCCCGGGAGGAGCUGCUCACCCUGCUGCAGAGCGCCAAGUCCUUGUUUGUGACCACCAGAGAUGGGGAGGAGCAGCAGCAGCAGCAGCAGAGCUGUUUGAAACGCGAGUCUUUACUUGUUCAAGAGCAUCCCGGGCGCGUUCAAUGCCAGCCUCUGCCAGUUCCCUGGAGAGAGUUACGGUGGGGUGAGAAGGGGAGGAAAGCGAGUUCAGGGAACAGAAUCCCCCGCCCCCCGCGAGAGGCCCUGUUGGGCUGGAUGCGUCUCGGCAGCUGCCAGGAUUCAGGGGCCAGAAACAGAAUUUACACGGUCAGCCAGCCGAUUGUCCUUGCUGGCCAAAGCAAGGCUUUGUACCAAACGAGCGUCCGGUCAGUCUUGACCAAUUGGGGGGCCGCCUGGAAGUGCGGGGACAGGCGCCCGGGUUCUCUGGAAGCCGCGCAGGCAACGCGAUCCAGCUCUGCCCUCCGGGGAGUUCACGCCCAGCCCCUCUGGAGGAACCAUCGCUCACAGGAGGAGCAGCCCCCGAGGGCCGUGCAGCGCCUGCGUUCUCCUGUUCACCCCCAAAAUGCCAGAGACCCCCCCAGACCCACCUCACUUGCUGGUAAACGGGCGAUGCUUGGACAGCGGCGAUGCGCUCUUGCGCCUUCUGGACGAGGCCCUGGAAACGGGUCCUCAGCGUCUCCUGGCCUUCCUCCGCGCCUGGGGACCAAGGGGCGGAAGCCUGAGGAUCUCUCCAGGGAGGGGCAAGGCAAGAGCCCGGCAAGAGCAAGGCGCCUCCCCCGCUCUCGGAGCACCCGGGGGCCCCACUGCCGGGGCCCCAGCUCGGCUCCCUUGCCGGGGCCCCCUCUUACGUGCAUCGGUGGCCAGCAGCGCCAGCAGCGCCAGCAGCAGCAGAAGCGGGACUCUCAUCUUCCUUCGGGGGUCCUGUGCCGGGAAAAGGGGCCGUCACUGGCCUGGAAGGGGCUGCUGUUACUGGGGGCGGCUCUUGGGCCCUGGGCUCCUCUAGGGCGGGGACCUUUCCAGAGAACGGACCUGGCCAGGUUGCGCCGUCUUCUCCCUGCUGGCAGAGGCCGGGGCACCGGGCAAGAAUUCUGCUGUGGAGCUACAGAUAACCAGCAACCUUGUGGCCAUGCAGGCCUCCACGUCACAUUCCUGCUAAAGUCCAAGAGCUCAAGGAGGUGUCACCGGCCUGCGUGGAUGCAAGAUGACAGCGUCCCCAGGAAUAUAAGGACAGAGUGGCUGCCAGGCAGAGCUGCAGAAGCCUCUCUGGAGAAGCAAGACUUUGGCCGCCAUUUCCUGCCAGCUGCCAUGUCUCCGAAGGCAGCCGCUUUCCUCCUUGGACUCUUGGUUGCCACCACAGGGGCCCAAGACAGCCCCUCUCCCCAGCAGCUGACUGACGUGGUCUGGCAGUACUUCACCCAGCUGAGCAGCAAUGCCGAGGCGGCCCUGAGGCAGGCCCAGCAGUCGGACAUCGGCCAGCAGUUCACGGUCCUGAUCCAGGACCACUUCCCGGCCAUCAACCCCUACACCGAGGAAAUACAGAAAAAACUGAUCCCGUACAUCACACAGCUGCACACCCAGAUAAGCGAAGAAGGGGAAAAGAUAAAGGAGAAACUCAAGGUGGAGCUGGAGCAGCUGCAGAUGGACAUCGCUCCCUUCGCAGCGGAUGUCCAGAACCAGGUGACCACGACUGCCGAGAACCUGAAAACCCAGCUGGUGCCCUACGUCGAGCAGCUGCAAGCCACGACAGACAUCCUGGCCACCCAAACUGGCCAGAAACUGGCGUCCUUAGUGCAGGAGCUGCAGGCCCAGGUGAAGGAGAAUGUGGGUGACCCAGCCGCCCUCUCCCCCUACCUCCAGAGGCUCCAGCAGACCGUCAACCAGCAGGUGGAGGACAUCAAAGUGCAGCUGGGCCCUUUCCCGGCAGAGCUGAAGGCCAAGGUGGACCAGGCGGUGGGGGAGCUGCACAAGCACCUGUCCCUCUACGCCCAGACCACGCCGGAGCAGCUGAGGCGGCAGCUGGAAGAGCUUUCCUUCCAGGUGGAAAAGAGCGCCGUGGCCUUCCGGGACAAACUCCAGGGAGAAGCCGAGCAGUUGCGAGGACGGCUGGAGACACUUCUGCAGGGAGACCUGCCAUCCCACCUGGACAGCCUGAAGGGGGACAUUGGGCAGCAGAUUGAGGAGUUCCGUCAGCAAGUGGGGUCCUACGGGGACAGCUUCAACCAGCUGGUGGUGGAAAGGGUGCAGAAGCUGGGCCAGAGGCUGCAGCCCCACGCCAGCGGGGUGGAGGACCACCUGAGCUUCUUGGAGAAGGAAGUCAAGGAGAAGAUUGUGGCCUUCGCGGACAGCCUCCAGCAGACCGAGGAACGCCUCCUUCCCACCCUGGAGGAAGAAUGAACAAGGGGAGCCCAGCAGGGGACCCCGAGGCUUUGUUGCUUGAAAUAAAAGAACUGCUCAG